ACUUAUUAAAAUCCUUAAAAACCGCUAUACCCCGCUAGUAUUAAAACGCACUUUCUUAUAUUUUUUUAUAUAUUAAAAAAAUAAAAAUGCCCAAAAUUUUUGAUUGUCAUUUAAUGUCAAUUAAAAAAAAUAAGUAGAUUAAACGAAGAAUGUUUAAAGUUUUAUAUAAACCUAAAUCUGUUGUUGUUACCCAAAUAUACUUGUUUUUGAAAAACCAUUAAUAAAUCUAUAAAAGGGGUGGGAUACCAAAAUCAUCCUGACACGCGAUUUAGGAAUAAUAUUUUACUAGUUCACCCUCUUUGUACCAGUCACAGUAUGGUAGACGUUAAGGACGAUAUGAACAACGACACAGAAAGCUAUGGUGGAGCUAAUGCUAGUGAUCCAAAAAAUGUUCAAGAACUAACUCAAUAUGUACAAAGUUUACUUCAAACGAUACAGGAUAAGUUUCAAAAUAUGUCUGAUCAAAUAUUAACGCGUAUUGAUGAAAUGGGCACCCGUAUAGACGAUUUGGAGAAAAAUAUCGGUGAUUUAAUGACUCAAGCUGGUGUAGAAGGCGCUGAGAAAUAAUCAGUAGUUCUCAUUCCUUUUAUUUAAUCAUGGAAGAAUAGCGAAAAUGUUUUUAAUACACCCACUUAAUUUUAAUGUAAAAAUAUUUAGCACCAUUAACAUAUAAGUAAGAAGUUAGUUCCCUAUUUGAUAUUAAAAAUAACCUAUGUGGAUCAUUUUAAUUAAAAAUUGUUUAUAUUAUAUAUUUAUGUUAUGUUCUAUAUUGCUUUAAAAUGAACUGUCUGUAUUAUUUUAAUUUUUUAUAAUUUAGAAUAGAAAAUUUCUUGUAGUUCUUACUGAGACAUGAAAAUGAAAGGCACUACUAACUAAUUGUUAUAUUUAAGAUUUAUAGUAAGUGUAUAAGUAUGGUAUGACAAAACUAAAAAAAUUAAGUGAAUAUAUAAAUACAAUUAUUAUUAAAUAGUUUAUUUAAGACCUAAUGGGUAUUUUAAUUAAUGGAAAAAUUGUUGAAUUCUAAUAUAAUAUUGUAUUGUUAGU